GUUCCGUGUCUGAGCCUGUGAGCUUCACGGUCAUAGUAACCAGCUGUGGUAUUUUGGUCCAGGCGAGUUACGAAAAUGACAACAAGGAAGUCGGGCUCACGACUCGAGACCGAAAUUGAGCGGUGCCGUUCAGAAGGACAGUGGGAUAAGAUACCGGAGCUGGUGCGUCAGUUGUCGGCUAAACUCAUCUCCAACGAUGAUCUUGGUGAGCUGCUGUUGGGAGAAUGCAAGCUCCAGGUUUACUUGAAAGAGAAUCCUAUCAAGCAGGGUUCAAGUCCCAGAGGCCCACGGCUCAAACUGGUGGAGGUCAGGAAACAUCUCACUGCUGCUCUGGACAGAGGAAACUUAAAGCCUGAUUACCUCCAGGAAGCCAGUCUGUUGAUGGCAAAACUCUGUUAUGUUGAAGCAGAGUUCAGAGAGGCUUUAGGUCACUACGGUAGGGUGAACCUGGAUGAAAUGCAGCUGGCAGGUGCUCCUGUCUACAGGUUGUCCAUGAUAGCAGAAGCUUAUGCCACCAAAGGCUUGUGUCUGGAGAAGGUCCCAGCCGGCUCUCCCUCUUUAUCCAACAAGAACAGCGGCUCUCCAUCAUCUAGUAGAAGCACAACCGAUAGGGAACAGGAAAUCAUCACCUGCUAUGAGAAGUCUGGAGACAUAGCUUUGCUUUACCUUCAGGAAGCAGAGAAGGCAUUAUCAGCAGGUAUCCAGAACCGCAGCCCAAAACCUGGACCAACAACCCAAGAACAGGAACUAGGCUACUUCCUGGAGACAGGCCUGCAGAGGGCUCACGUCAUCCACUUUAAAAAUGGCAAUCUGACACAGGGUGUGGGCAGAUUUCGAGAGAUUCUUCGCGCUGUUGAGACCAGAACCACCCAAAACCUUCGAAUGACUAUAGCCAGACAGCUGGCGGAGAUCCUGCUCAGAGGAAUGUGUGAACAGAGUUACUGGUCUCCUCUGGAAGACCCGCCUGCCGUGUCCCCACUGGACGAUCCCACACGGCAAGGACACAUUUACAUAAAGAACUACAGCCUGAGUCGAAGUCCACGAUUGUACUCGGGAGAGAACCUGUUUUGCCCUCAGGAGAACACCGAAGAAGCUUUGCUGCUUCUUCUCAUUAGUGAGUCCAUGGCUAACCGCGACGCUGUCCUGAGUCGGAUUCCUGAACACAAUAAUGAUCGGAUCAUCAGCCUCCAGUCUGCCUCUGUUGUGUAUGACCUGCUGACUAUAGCUUUGGGCAGAAGGGGACAGUAUGAGAUGCUGUCAGAGUGUUUGGAGAGAGCCAUGAAGUUUGCCUUUGAGGAGUUCCAUUUGUGGUACCAGCUCGCUCUGUCCCUGAUGGCUGCCGGUAAAUCAGCCCGUGCCGUUAAAGUAUUAAAGGAGUGCAUCCGCCUGAAGCCGGAUGAUCCCACCAUCCCACUGCUAGCUGUCAAGCUGUGCAUCGGACCUCUACACUGGCUGGAUGAAGGUGAGAUGUUUGCCAAGAUGGUGAUUGACAUGGGAGAGAAAGCUGCUGAAUUUCGAGCCAAAGGUUACUUGGCCAUUGGUCUGGUUUACAGCCUCAAAGCCACCGAUGCCUCAUUGCGAAGCUCACAGGAGGAGUAUCAGAGGAAAGCCUUGGGAGCCUUCCAAAGAGCACAGAGUUUGUCUCCGACUGACCAUCUUGCAGCCUUCUACUUAGCGCUGCAGCUUGCCGUUUCCAGACAGAUCCCUGAGGCGCUAGGCUAUGUCCGGCAGGCACUGCAGCUUCAAGGAGACGACGUCCACUCUCUCCACCUGCUGGCCCUCCUUCUUUCCGCUCAGAAACAUUACCACGAUGCCCUCAACAUCAUAGAAAUGGCUCUGUCCGAGUAUCCCGAGAACUUCAAUUUGCUUUACACUAAAGUGAAGCUGGAGGCCAUGUGUAGAGGACCAGAGGAAGCUCUGCUCACCUGUAAACACAUGCUGCAGAUCUGGAAGAGCUUUUACAACCUCACAAACCCCAGUGAUUCGGGGCGGGGCAGCAGUUUGCUGGACAGAGCCAUCGCCGACAGGCGACAACUCAACGCCAUGACUUUGCCCGACUUCAGUGACCCUGAAACUGUCUCUGGUUCUUCCUCUUCCCAUUCUGGGUUUGAACCUGUCUCCCCCACCAACAUGUCUGCGCUCUCCUCCCCCUUGUCAUCUCCAUCGUCCCCUGCCUUCUUUUUCCAGCCUCUUCCUCUCACCCCUCCAGCCAAAAAUGUGUCCUUCCGCCCCCCUCUCAUGUCCUCUCCUUUUUCACCUCCACCCUCCACUCCACCCACCAAGACGAGGGCUCUGCCCUUUUGCAACCAUGUCAUUCUGCGCCAGCUCUCCUCCAACUGCUGCCCUCAAGAUGAUAACACUCUAGGUCUUUCCUCCGUCCUUCCUUCCUUUUCUGUUUGUUCGGUGCAUGCUACAUCCAUAGCAGCCAGUCGGGUGGAGCAGGCGCUGUCAGAGGUGGCGUCUUCCUUGCAGAGCAGCGCCCCCAAACAUGGACCUAUUCAUCCCUGGAUGACACUGGCUCAGAUCUGGCUUCAUGCAGCUGAGGUGUACAUCGGGAUGUCGAAACCAGCUGAGGCCGCUGCGUGCACUCAGGAAGCUGCCAACCUUUUCCCAACAUCCCAUAAUGUCUUGUACAUGAGGGGGCAGAUAGCCGAGCUGAAGGGCAAUAUAGAGGAGGCCAAGCGCUGGUAUGAAGAGGCCCUGUCCAUCAACCCCACGCAUGUGAAAACCAUGCAGAGGCUGGGUCUGAUUCUGCACCAGCUGCAGCGCUACAGUCUGUCUGAGAAAGUCCUCAGAGAUGCUGUGCAGGUCAACAGCACGGCUCAUGAUGUCUGGAACAGUCUGGGGGAGGUCCUACAGGCUCAGGGAAACGCCGCCGCCGCCACAGAGUGCUUCCUCACCGCCUUAGAGCUGGAGGCCAGCAGCCCCAUCCUGCCCUUCACCAUCAUCCCUAGAGCGCUAUAAGAAAGAGAUGCAGAGAGAUGUCGAGGACACAAAAAGUGCAACAUCCUGUUACCCCGCCCACAAUGUUUUGCUAAGGCUGCUACCCAUUACUGUGUGAGUGACUUAGUGUCUGUGCCAGUACAUCUGUGUGCACCUGUGUGUAUCCGUGCAUGCCCACCUCCGUGUGUGCCAAAACAUGCCCUGUGCGUACAUUACAAAAUAAUAUUUGGUUGCACUUCUGCUGUUCCACUCAGAAGCCGGACGGUUUUGUUUACACGUUACUUUGGUCCAAACACAGCGAAGCAGACUUGUAGCUGAACGACAGUUAUCUUCACUCUGAGCCGGAUAUUUUUAAACCGAACGUACAGAUUCACUGCUGCUGACAUGGAGGACGUUUUUGUCACUUUACUGCUGUACAGGACAUCCAACAAAAAAAAACUACUGAAGUAUCGACACAGAUGACGAACAAAACGCUGAAACAAUCAGAGGAAAAAUACCAAAACCAAGAAAAUCCCAAAACACAAAUAUCAGAAAUGACAUGAAAGCUAGUAAAUCUCCAACUUUCAGGGUCCCCUUCUGUCUUCUAUCCCUGAGUUCUGUAGAUCUCUGUAAAUAAAGACACUUGACAGAUUAUUUCCUCAUAAACCCGCUGUCCCUUAUUGUGUAACUUUCCAGCUGCAACAGUUAAACCACAGCAGCUGGAUUUAUUAAGUGCCAAAAAUAGAGACAGGCUUCAAAGUUAGGAUUCGAGUUUAAGAAAAUGUUUGACUUCUGUCACAUUUUUUGGUGAUAAUUCCGAUUUUCUGUGUGAAAGCAUCACUGUCGUUUCUGUUUCUUGUUACAGUCAUUUUUUUAAUUGCUUUGAUUAAACACACAAAGAAUUGCUGUUCUAUAUUGAAUUGUUUCCCUCUGUAUUAUUUUAGAGAUUAAAUCUAUUUUCCUGAUCAAAUCGUAGUAAUAAACUUCUUCAGUUUGCUGAUCA